AUGACAAUUCGUUCAUAUACACUUCCCACUAAACCGAUAAUUCGAUUUAUUCAAUCACAUUCAAAAUCUUUGACUGCAUUUGUUUAUACGGAUGGAAUUAUCGAAGUUCAUCCUACUAAGCCUUCAACAGGUCCACCGCUUCGAAUUGAUGAUGAACCAAAUUUUUUAUUACUUCUUGAUAUUCCUUCUUCCCCUUCUCUUCUUCCAAAUAAUAAUUCUAUAGUACCAAUUACAACAUUUGUUAUAACAUUUCAUAUACAACCCAAAGAACGUGUAGUGGGUAGUUUUGAAGUUCGAGCAUAUGAAUUUUUACCAAAUCUAAAUAAUAAUCUAAAUAAUUUUGAUAGUUCAGGAAUAAAAUGUGGAAUUGUUCCUAUAAUGUUACAAAUUGGGGAAGAAAGAUUAAUAAAAGAUUUUAAGAGUUCUUCGAAAAAUAAAUUAAUGGCAUCAGUUAUGUCAUGUCCAAAAUAUGUUACGGGAUAUGGGCAAAGAGUUUUAAUGUUAUAUAAAGAAGAAUGUUUGGGAAUAAUUAUUAUAAAAAAAAUAUUAUCGGGUAAAGUUUGUGGAUGUUUUAAUCGUGAAAAUGAAUUUAUCAAAAAAAAAGAAGAAAAAAAGAAUAUUAUAGAAUCUUCGAUACAAAAUCCGAGACUUGGAUGUUUAGGUGGUUGUGGACAUUUAUCUCUUUUACCAUUAAAUACAAAAUUUGGUGAUAAUUGCGAAUUUGAUGUGAAUGUAAAAAUAUUAGGAAAUGUUGAACGGGGAAAUAUUUUAUCAAAAAGAAAAGGAUUAAAUAUUGUUUUCUUGCAACAACAACGACAAUUAUCAUCAACUCAGAAGAAGAAGAAUAAUAUUUUAAUGGUAAAUUGGAUCAAUACUUCAUUAGAUAAUUUACCAUCAUCAAAUUCAUCAAAUGGAAAGAAUAAUUCUACUUUUUAUAUUGUGACAAUUGAUAAAGAAGGAAUUAAAUUAUUAUCUGAUUUAAAUAAUAUUGCUACAUCACUUUUGUCAAUGGUAAUUCAAAACGACAAUGAAAAGAAUGAAAUUGAAUCUGCUUCUUCAUUACUUUUAUUUUCCGUUCCUUGUUACUUAUUAAGAUCCGUUUUGGUUGCUAACAAUCAUAUAAUAGAUAUGUGUUCUCAGGAUUCUGAUAUUCUUUUGGUUGCUGGAAAUAAGGAAACUUGGUUAUAUCUUGUUGAUCAUGAUUAA